AUGGCUUCAUCCCAUACUGUUGCGGAAAAGCUGAUUCACGCCAAGAAUGAACAAGCCAUAGGCGAGAUUUUGGAAACUCAAGCUCAAUGUUUGCAGAUGUACAAGGACACACAGCAGAAACUUGAAGCCUUCAAUGAGUUUAGCAAAGCUCGUUAUCAGAACGUCCAUAAACAUUUUGAAGCACACACCAAACUACUAAAAGAAAUGCGCAACGACCUGAAUAGCGUAUUCUCCAAGUUAAGGAAAAUCAAAUCCCAGCUUCAAGAAAAGUACCCUGAAGAAAUGGACAUUGCUUUAAAGAAAUACCCGCCUAUCGUCAUACCCGAUGAAUAG